GUCACUGAAACGCGGACAGGUCCUCUGGGCUGCAACAGUUAUGACAAUCUGGACUCUGUGAGUUCAGUCCUUCUGCAAAGCACGGAGAGCAAACUCCAUCUCCAAGGUCUCCAGGUCAUCUUUCCUCAGUAUUUGCAAGAGAAAUUUGUGCAGUCAGCACUGAGUUACAUCAUGUGCAACGGAGAAGGUGAAUACAUUUGCCGAGAUAGCCAAUGCGGAUGCCAAUGUGCCGAAGAGUUUCCCCAGUGCAAUUGUCCCAUCACCGACAUCCAAAUAAUGGAAUACACCUUGGCUAACAUGGCCAAAUCUUGGACAGAGGCCUACAAAGAUCUAGAGAAUUCAGGACGAUACAGCAGUGGCUCUCCCGUGUCCAAUCUUUGCUCUACUGCAACGAGAAUGGCUUCUGGGGGACCUUUCUGGAGAGCCAACGGAGCUGCGUCUGCCAUGGGAGCACCAGCCUGUGCCAACGGCCCAUCCCGUGCAUCAUCGGCGGCAACAACAGCUGUGCUAUGUGCAGCUUGGCCAACAUCUCCCUCUGCGGCUCGUGCAACAAGGGCUACCGCCUCUCUCGGGGCCGCUGCGAGCCCCAGAACGUGGACUCCGAGCGCAGCGAGCAGUUCAUCAGCUUCGAGACCGAUUUGGACUUCCAGGACCUGGAGCUGAAGUACCUCCUCCAAAAGAUGGAUUCCCGCUUGUACGUCCACACGACGUUCAUCAGUAACGAGAUCCGCCUGGACACCUUCUUCGACCCCCGGUGGCGCAGGCGCAUGUCCCUCACCUUGAAGAGCAACAAGAACCGGAUGGACUUCAUCCACAUGGCCAUCGGGAUCUCCAUGCGCAUCUGCCAGAUGCGCAACAGCAGCCUGGACCCCAUGUUCUUCGUCUACGUGAACCCUUUUAGCGGGAGCCACUCCGAAGGUUGGAAUAUGCCCUUUGGUGAGUACGGCUACCCGCGUUGGGAGAAAAUCCGCCUGCAGAACAGCCAGUGCUACAACUGGACUCUCUUGCUGGGGAACCGGUGGAAAACGUUUUUCGAGACUGUCCACAUCUACCUGCGUAGCCGGACUCGGUUGCCUUCCUUGAUGCGCAACGAGACAGGUCAAGGACCUGUGGACCUAUCCGAUCCCAACAAGCGCCAGUUCUACAUCAAAAUUUCGGACAUUCAAGUGUUUGGAUACAGCUUGCGCUUCAACGCGGAUCUGUUGCGUAGCGCCGUGCAGCAAGUCAACCAGUCCUACACACAAGGUGGGCAGUUCUACUCCUCUUCCUCAGUCAUGUUGUUGAUGUUGGAUAUACGGGAUCGAAUCAACAGGUUGGCACCGCCGGUAGCUCCUGGGAAGCCCCAGCUAGAUCUCUUCUCUUGUAUGCUCAAACACCGUCUGAAAUUGACCAACACCGAGAUCAUCCGGGUAAACCACGCGCUGGAUCUAUACAACACCGAGAUCCUUAAACAAUCGGAUCAGAUGACUGCCAAGCUCUGCUAACCCUGAUUUUAUGUACUCAUCUAUAAGAACUAAUCCUUUUUUUUUUUUUUGCUGUAAACAGACACACUCGAACAAAAAAAAAACGACAAAAGGAAAAUCAAGCGACGUUUAAAAACAACAAGAAAAAAACGAUUGAAACAAAAAUACGGAGGGGGAAUUAAAAAUGUAAAAUGUAAUUAAUAAAGGAAAGUGUGGGAGGGAAGAGAAUCGGAGGUCCUCAUUGACCGGGAAAUGGAUUGGGCGUCCGUGUCAACGAGACGAGCGUGUUUUGUUGAGCCUCUAAUCACACACAACACACACAAAAGGAGGUCAGGAUGUGAGUUUCCACAAGGUGGUUGCUCCAUUGGGUUUGGAAGCGGCAGAGAUGGGUGGGGGCAUAGAUGGUCUUUGGAGAUCUCUUGUAUGUAACUGUAAAGAUUUCAGCUAUGCAGGUGCCAAACAGAAGACGAUAAGAGUGUGGAAGAAAGAGAGAAAUUCUGUGUACAUGUACAAAGAAUUGCCGUUUCUCCCAGUUGGGGGCAAAUGGCCAAAGAUAAAACAUAUUUCUUUUGUGAAGUGUGAGAGCAGU